CAGGCAUCCAGUGGAAUGUACCAGCUGUGUCCAGAGCAGCUAUCGCUAAAGUACAGGGAGCAGUACUCUGGACUGAUGAAGAGACAUGGGGUGAAAAUGAAAUCUCGCGACUAUGAGCCAGAGCCAGAGCCAGAGCCAGAGCCAGAGCAAGAAGACACCACCACGAUCUGAACAGUAAUGUUGGCAUAUCGCUUCAAAUACACUUCUUAGGCCAUCAUAUCACAUUAUACGGCUAAUAUUGGCACCGUAUAUACGCAGAAUGUGGGAAAUAUC